GGCGGAGGCGACGACGGAGACGCCAUUUUGUUCGCUGCGUUCCGAAGAACGAGGCGUAGUCGUUUUCGGAAGAGAAAAUAAAAUCCGCGGUAUUUCCUGGCCAGGCUGCUUCCGCUGUCGCACGCGUCUCUCCUCCUCCCCCGUCUCCCCCGCGCCUUUCUUUCUUUUUUCUUGUUCCUCGUUGAGUUCCGGCGCAGCAAGCAGCGUUGAUGAUUGGGAUUCCGCGGGACGAUCGACAUAAAAUCACGGUCAAGAUCCGCAACAACAUGAAGAGGAGCUCGAGUCGCGACACUCCGCCUCCUCGUGUCAAGCGGAGCCGAUCCUCGAUGGGACGGUAUGAGGAUUCCAGCGACGAACGUAUCACUCCGGAGAGAAUUCGAAGGCGAAGCCGGGGCGCAAGGAGUCCGAGUCCGCCUACCCGAGCCUCCUCUCACGCGCGCUAUGUCGAGUCCAGCUCGCAUCGCGACGAGUAUCUGCGCGCGCCGCGCGAUGUGCCGCGAGAACGACCCUACAGCUACAAGGUUCUCUGCGUCAGCUCCAUCCAUCCGAAAGCCAGCGACGAGAUGAUCAAGGAUACCCUGUACAGGGAGUACAAGAAGUUCGGCGACCACUCCAUUCAGAUCUCGCACGAGCCGGACGAGCGCGUCGCUUACGUCUGUUUCAGGAGCUCGGAAGACGCUCGGGACGCGAAGCACGCGAAGCCCCGCAUCAUCAUCUACGACAAGAUGGCCAUAGUGGAGCCAAUGUACGACAGAGCCGAGAGCUAUCGUCGUCCGCGAUCCAUCACGCCGCCGGAUUACGAGAGAUACUACGGACAGGCCCGGUCGCCCGGACCCACGGACAGGCACAGACCGCUGGAGAGAUACGACCGGGUGUACGGGCCGCCGGUGAACCUGCCUCCGCAUCGGGAGAUGCGUCGCGAGACCAUUCCGCCGCCGCAUCACGAAUUCGUCCGGCCUCCGAUACAUCCUCACGGACCGCCGCACGUUCAUCCGCCGCCUCAUCACUACGGUCCACCGCGACACAUGAUAAUACGCCAUCCCGGCCACGGAUUCGAGCGCGUGGAAAACAAGAAGGACAAGUUCCCCAAUUAUCUGCACCACGUGUCGCCCGAGGACGACCCCCUCGCGACUCGAACCUUGUUCGCCGGUAAUCUGGAGAUUAAUAUCACGGAGGAAGAGUUGCGUCGUAUCUUUAGCAAGUACGGGAUUGUCGACGACAUCGAUAUUAAGCGUCCGCCACCGGGCACUGGAAACGCUUACGCAUUUGUACGCUUCCAGACACUAGACAUGGCACACCGGUGCAAGGUCGAACUGUCCGGUCAGUACAUUGGUAAAUUUCAGUGCAAGAUUGGUUACGGCAAGGCCACUCCGACGACUCGGAUAUGGGUGGGCGGACUGGGACCGUGGACCUCAGUGCCGCAGUUAGAGCGCGAGUUUGAUCGGUUCGGUGCAAUCAAGAAAAUCGACUACAUCAAGGGUGACAGUAAUGCUUACAUACUCUACGAUUCAAUCGACGCUGCUCAAGCAGCAGUCAAGGAAAUGCGCGGUUUCCCGCUCGGAGGACCGGAUCGUCGGCUGAGAGUGGACUUUGCUGACGUGACGCCUGGUUUUGGCUUCAAACCCAGACCGUAUCCCGAGGAGAACAGCGACUUCAGGCCUCGUCCGGUCGAUUACGAGUCUCCCUAUGGGGAUCCAUACGGACCCGAGGGAGAGUUCAGUUAUGGACCAAGAGGUUUCCGAGGUGGCAGAGGUAAUGCAACGUGGCACGACCGAAGAGGAAAUACUCGUGGUGGCUACAGAGGCUCUUAUCCCGAGGGUUACAUGCGCGACGAGGCCGACUGGCCAAGCAGAAGACCACCGCCCGAACUUGAGUACGAAGCGCCACGUGGUCUGCGAAGAUCUCUGUCGCGGGAACCAGGAGUGGACAGAUCCAGAUCGCGUUCUCCACGCAGACGACAGAUGGAUUCGGACUCGGAUUCCGAGAACACUCGCAGUGGGAUGUUAUCGACCUCUCGUACGUUGCCGGACGUCGCUCGCAAAUCUAUCGCCGUCUGGCAAGGCGCGUUGAUACUGAAGAACUCGCUGUUCCCGGCCAAGUUCCAUCUGACCGAUGGCGAGACAGAGAUCAUCGACUCGCUCAUGAAGGACGAGGAGGGUAAGCACAUGUUGCGGAUAACACAACGGUUGCGCCUCGAUCAACCCAAGUUGGACGAUGUGUCUAAGCGAAUCCAGACGUCCAGCUCGCAUGCAAUCUUUCUUGGUCUAGCCGGUUCGAGCACCGCGAUCACGAAUGAUGAUGCCAACGUGCAAACGCGGCCGCUGCGCAACCUCGUCUCUUAUUUGAAGCAGAAGGAGGCGGCUGGUGUGAUAUCACUGUUGAACAAGGACACAGAGGGCACCGGUGUUCUCUACGCCUUCCCGCCUUGCGCAUUUUCGACGGAACUUUUGAAACGCACGUGCCCUAGUUUAAGCGAGGAGAGUCUUAAAGAGGAUCAUUUGGUAAUCGUAGUGGUUAAGGGAGGUAGCGCCUAAAGAGAAACCUUUAGUAUCUCUCGUCUUGUGUGCGUAUGAUUUUAUAUCUCGUAAGUGCAAAGAUUCUCUUUAAGGCUUCUGGAUUCUAGACGUGGUCAUCUUAGAUUAAGUGACAUUAGAGUGGGGAUAGCGCUGAAAAUUCUUGGAUGCCAUUUUUAAAUGCAAAGAUUUUCGAUGAAGCACUAUUUUAGAUAGCACACUUUUAAAAUACUUUGAAAACUAUUCUUUUCCUUCGAUAGUCGAUCAACAACUGUAAAAUGAUUAUGAUUAUCAGACUGUCAUGUGGAAUGACUGCGCAUGUGCAAGACUAUAUACGGAUCAGGUUUUAAGUCACAGUUUUAUGUUAUUUUAUAGCUGUUGAUUGAUUAUAGAGGGAAAAUAAUAGCUUUCGAGAUAUUUUAAAAGUGUACUAAAGUCAUCUGAAGUGCCUUUUCAUCAAAGUAUCUUUUUAUUGCAAAAUGCCAUCCAAGAAUUUAUAGUGUGUAUUUUCUCGCCUCCGACAUCAUAAUUCCAACAUGAUCGACGAGGAACCAGGGGUCUUAAGCAGUGUACAGAGUGUGAAAGAAUUUAGGAGAACUUGUGUUUUUGAUCGAUGUAAGUAUUUUGCUUUUUAACGAUGCUUCCACAGAUGCGACGAGAUUUGAUCUUAUAUAAUUAUAGAUUAGGAGAGCUAUUGAUAAUAUUUGAGAUGAUAAUAUUUGAUACUUUACUUUACACACGAAUGUAUAUUGCAUUGACUUGAGAUGUCGAGAAUAUCAACUUUAUUUCAGAAUUAGAUGUAUGAUGAAGAUUCGCGACGUUUGACAUUUGAUUUAAUUGAAUUUACUCUAGUGAAUUUAUUCUAGUACUUAGGAUUUAUACAGACUUCUACAUGUUGUAUAAAUUUCAUAUUAUCUUGAUGAGAUUACUUGGGUAAAUUCUUGAAGGUAAAAAUUUAACUGCGCGGAUUUUCAUCACUCGUUUUCAUGAGAUCUCUUCAUUCUUGUAGUUAUUAAUUAAGCUUAACGCUAGAUGAGUAAUUUUAAAAUAUAUUACCGGAGAAUAUUAUUUUUUUUGUACAAUAUAAUCUUACAUGAUUUAUACGAUAUACUUUUUCAGAAGAAUGACUACUUUUCCAUGAAUGUGUAUAUUGUCGACAUUAACCGCUAAUACAAAAGCUAAGAGAUUAGAAUACUUAUUUUCUAUCAAAAAACACAAUUUUGGUACUGUUCCCCAUUAUUCUAGUUGACCAUCUAUCAGAUAAUAGCGAUUACUAGUGGAACAAUUUUUAUCAAGAUCAUUAUUCAUUAUAUUGAAUCUUAUUAGGAACAGUGUAAUCCUUAUUACAAAUAUGUGUGUGAUUACUUCGAAAUGUAGUAUAAGAAUUUAUUUGUAUUAUACACAAUUACAAUAUAUAUAUAUAUA